CCCAACUUCCCUCUCUCAGCUUCCUGUCGAUGAGCUGAAUGAUUUAUUGAAGCAAAUGUACUGUGCACUACUACUGAGUAUUAAGUACUCAGUUAGCCCCGCUUGAUACAUUUCUCCCACCUUUUCUUACAUCUCCAUCGCCCAAGAAUUCCAAGAUAAUCUCCUAGUGUGCCAAUAUGGCCCCCUCUCUGGGCUUCUGGGAGGCAACAAGCAAAGACCAGCCGGCUAAGAUGCACGAUCCUGCUUUAGAUGGUCUCCCAUCUAGAAACAUCUUGUACAUCGAUGCAUACGAUUCCUUUUCUUACAAUGUCGUUGCCAUGUUGGAAGAGGUUCUGAAGGCGACGGUCUCGGUUUUGAGGAUUGACUCAUCAUGGCCAAAUGGCAACAUGGUCGAUUAUUUGCAGCAUUUCGAGGCCAUUGUCCUUGGGCCUGGUCCCGGCGAUCCGCAUAUUCCUCAAGACGUGGGGAUCAUGAGGGACAUAUGGACUCUUGACGACAGAGAUCUGCUCCCAAUUUUUGGCAUAUGCCUCGGCUUUCAAAGUCUAUGCCUGCAUCACGGGGCUUCAAUUCGCCGACUUCCAUUCCCUAUUCAUGGACAGGUCCGUCGUGUUCAGACAAUUCAGAAAGACAUCUUUCAGGGCGUUCAAUCCUUGGAUGUCACGCUCUACCACUCGCUGUACGCCGAAAUGAAGUCGAACACCACAGAUGACGGUCAUGGACUCCUCGAUGGUUUUGUCGCCAAGGACCUUAGUCUUCUUGCCUGGUUAUCCGUUGAGCAAGAUAGCGGCGUUUACCCAGUACAGAUUCCGAUGGCUGUUCGCCAUACGCAGAAGCCAUUCUGGGCCGUCCAAUUUCAUCCUGAAUCGUGCAAGUCGGAUAGAAGAGCAUGCAGCGAUCUGCUGAAAAGGUGGUGGGAUGCAGCUCUUUGCUACAACAAGCUGAAUGGAAGAGGCAGCCACAGUAGCAUCCCAAUUGCUUCUCCGAGGUUAUCCAGUGAGAUGCCUUUUAUCUCGGACAUUUGUCGCACUAUGUUAGAUUGGAGUGAAUCGACCUCGAACAAGUCCUCAUUCCGAACUUUCGCAACUCAGAGCUUGGAGGCUGAGACAAUUUGGGAAGCCCUCAACAGCCCGGGGUCAGCAGCCGUCCUCUUCAAAUCCAACGGCCGGUACAGUAUCUUAUCCGUGCCCAGCGACAACACUUGGAGGCUAGAAUACUAUGCGCAAAAUGAACGCCUGUCUUUAGAAAAGUCACCGGCUGCCAGUGAAGACAAGCUAGCCGGUAACCAUCAGGCCAUCAUUGAGGAUGGCUUGUCAGUAUCUCGAUUCUGGAACACUCUAAGAUUCCUCAUGGAUGCUAAGAAAGUGGUCAUGGGUGAUAACAAAGUUCCUUUCUGGGCCGGUUUUCUGGGCUAUGUUUCCUAUGAAAUGGGACUGGCCUCCAUUGCUUGUCCGAAAAGUCACGAGCAGGACUUUUUAGGGGCCCAUGCCUCCUCGGGAGCUGACAGGCUCUUCAAAGAUCCGGCAGAUGUCAGCUUGUUAUGGACUGAAAGGAGCGUAGUGGUUGACCAUCAUACUGGUCGUGUCACUAUUCAGUCUACUCGCGCCACAGAUGACGUGGCCCACGGAUGGCUAGAUGAGACACUGCUAUCUCUACAGAAGCUUGCCACUACUGAUGCAAUCACUGAGGUCGAAAGUCUUGCGGCAGACGAGCAGUUCUUGGAUCAAAUUCUUGAGCAAGGUGUGGUGCGAUUUCCGGAUCGGCAUAUUUAUCAGAGCCAAUUUGAUGCCUGCCGUGCACAAUUGCUAGCUGGUGAAUCUUACGAACUAUGUCUGACUUGUGAAACCACCGUCACAUUGCCCUCAGCAGACAGCGAUGGUGAUCGCAAGGAGUUCCCUUGGAAACUGUACCGGCGUCUUCAGAAACAUAAUCCCGCUUCCUUUAGUGCUUAUGCCAACCUAGGGAAACUCAAGAUUGCCAGCAGUAGCCCUGAAUGCUUCCUCAAUUGGGACCGCCACUCCAUGCUUGAAAUGAAACCUAUGAAAGGCACGGUAAGGAAGACAAAGGACAUGACUCUUGAAAAGGCUUGCAGCAUUCUGGGCGCAACCAAGGAGAUGGCAGAGAAUCUUAUGAUUGCCGAUCUCAUCCGACACGAUCUCUACGGUAUCUGCGGUUCAGGCGGUGUGCAUGUAGAGAAGCUCCUCGAGGUAGAGGACCACGGGCGCGUUUUCCAGAUGAUCACACAUGUCGUAGGGCAAGUUGACCCUGAACGACCUGGUUUUGCAGUACACAACAUGCCACACUUAGGAUCAUCCGGCAUGUCAGCAUACGGCCUAACGGCGCUACAACAAUGCCUUCCACCUGGCUCCAUGACCGGUGCACCAAAGGAACGAUCCUGUCUGCAUCUUUCCUCUAUUGAGAACCGAAAACGGGGCGUCUACUCCGGUGCAAUGGGGUUUCUUGACCUCGGUGGUGGAGGAAGCUUCUCGGUCUUGAUUCGCACUGCCUUCACUUGUGCCGACGAUGAUGAUACCUACCAGGUAUGGCGCGUCGGAGCAGGCGGCGCAGUGACCAUCCUCAGCACCGCUGAAGGCGAAUGGGAGGAGAUGUUAACCAAACUGAGGACCGUCCUGGGUGCAUUCGUGCCACUUGGCUGUGGACCUUCAAAAGCCGCUUAACGUGUUCUGUGGUCUUUAUAUAUAGAAAUACUAACAUAUACCUUCAAGUCUCUGCUCGAUAGCGAGAAGCUAAAUUGCAGAAAUAUGCAUUCAACAUAUGGCGUUUGGUUUGGGUUUGCAUUGCGAGCAGAUGAUGCCCGCAGGGUUGGCGGGUUGUUUUUACAGUGACUCUUUUCAACAAGAUACCCUACUAGCUUUGGCGAUCUAAAUUCAUUCCACAGAUUUUUC